CGUGUCCACCUCCAACCCCCUACAACUUCCAGCGUCUCCUCGCAUCGGCGACUCAACACCUUCGUUCUAUCGGCUUACUAGCCGCAAACCGCCAUCAUGGUUCUUCAAGACCUCGGGCGCCGUAUUAAUACGGCCGUCUCGAAUUUAACAAGAGAGCAGAACCUUGACGAAAAGGCCUUCGAUGCAAUGCUCAAAGAAAUCAGCGCCGCCCUCCUCGAGGCCGACGUCAACGUGCGACUCGUCAGCCAACUCCGCAAAUCCAUCAAGUCGACCGUCAACUUCAAAGACCUCCCGCCCGCCGUGAACAAGAAGCGCCUCAUCCAGAAAGCCGUCUUCGACGAGCUUGUCAAGCUCGUCGACCCGCACUCCGAGCCCUUCCGCCCCAAGAAGGGCAAGCCCAACGUCAUCAUGUUCGUCGGCCUGCAGGGCGCCGGCAAGACCACCACCUGCACCAAGCUCGCCCGCCACUACCAGGCCCGCGGCUUCAAGUCCUGCCUCGUCUGCGCCGACACCUUCCGCGCCGGCGCCUUCGACCAGCUCCGCCAGAACGCCACCAAGGCCAAGAUCCCCUACUACGGCUCUCUGACCGAGACCGACCCGGCCGUCGUCGCCCGCGACGGCGUCGACAAGUUCAAGAAGGAACGCUUCGAGGUCAUCAUCGUCGACACCUCCGGCCGCCACCGGCAGGAGGAGGCCCUGUUCCAGGAGAUGGUCGACAUCCAGGCCGCCGUCCGCCCGGACGAGACCAUCAUGGUCCUCGACGCCUCCAUCGGCCAGCAGGCCGAGGCCCAGGCCAAGGCCUUCAAGGAGGCCGCCGACUUCGGCGCCAUCAUCAUCACCAAGACCGACGGCCACGCCCACGGCGGCGGCGCCAUCUCCGCCGUCGCCGCCACCCGCACGCCCAUCGUCUUCAUCGGCACCGGCGAGCACAUGCUCGACCUCGAGCGCUUCGCCCCGCAGCAGUUCGUCCAGAAGCUGCUCGGCAUGGGCGACAUGGCCGGCCUGGUCGAGCACGUGCAGUCCCUCAAGCUCGACCAGAAGGACACCAUCAAGCACAUCACCGAGGGCAUCUUCACCGUGCGCGACCUGCGCGACCAGCUCUCCAACAUCAUGAAGAUGGGGCCCCUCUCCAAGAUGGCCGGCAUGAUCCCCGGCAUGAGCGGCAUGAUGCAGGGCAUGGACGACGACGAGGGCUCCCUCAAGCUCAAGCGCAUGAUCUACAUCUGCGACUCCAUGACCGACAAGGAGCUCGACUCGGACGGCAAGCUCUUCAUCGACCAGCCCUCCCGCAUGACCCGCGUCGCCCGCGGCUCCGGCACCUCCGUCCGCGAGGUCGAGGACCUCCUCACCCAGCAGCGCAUGAUGGCCGGCAUGGCCAAGAAGAUGGGCGGCAACAUGAAGAACAUGCAGCGCGCCCAGCAGGCCAUGGCCGGGCCCAACAAGGCACAGCAGAUGGCCGCCAUGCAGAAGCGCCUCCAGAGCAUGGGUGCCGGCGGCGGUGGCCUGCCCGGCAUGGGCGGCAUGGGAGGCAUGCCCGACAUGAGCAGCCUCAUGAAGAUGUUUGGCGCCGGCGGCGGCGGCGGCGCGGGCGGAGGCGGAAUGCCGGAUAUGCAAGCCAUGAUGCGACAGAUGGGCAUGGGGGGGGGAGGAGCCGGCAUGCCCGGGAUGCCGGGUGGUUCGGGCAGGGGAAGAAGAUGAGAAGACGAAAGGGAGGGCCCUGGUCCGGGAAGACGAGUAUAAUUUUUAUUUUAUUUUUUUAAGGGGUGUAGCAACUUUCGCGAAUGGGUUGAUCAUCACGACGAUUACGAUCUAGGUGGGCGAACAGUCAAACAAACAUAUCACGGCGGUCAAAAGGAUGGGACUGGUUUUUCCUUCACUGCACGUAUUAUUACCUAGCAUAUGGGAUGGCGUUCAACGAGGCUUCGGAAACCAAACCAAUUCUACCUUAAAACCCAACCUCCAUGCCCACUAUGGAUCGAUGAUGACCCCGCCUGUUUUCUUUUACCAAUGUUCAAAUAAAUACCCAUCAAGAUGCAAUAGACAAGCAUCGUUGCUUUUCCGAAGGACUCCGUGAGAACCAGUCUCACCCAGGAUACCACG